CACUGAUGCACGGAAGGAAACCGUCCUCCGCAUCCCCCGACCCACAACGCGAAGGCAGGUUAGGCCUGGGAUCGGCCGGGUUCUGCCGCUUGUGGAUACCUCGGUUCGCCGAAAUGGCUAAGCCUCUUUACCUCGUCACCCGAGAACAGGUGCCCUUUGAAUGGACAGAGGAAACUGAGCAGGCUUUCCAGCAAAUUAAACUCGCCCUGUUGUCGGCACCAGCCUUAGGGCUCCCCAAUGUCUCCAAACCCUUUCAUCUCUUCGUAGAUGAAAACAAAGGGGUAGCCAAAGCAGUGCUGACGCAACUCCUUGGCCCAUGGCCCAGGCCCGUUGCCUAUCUUUCAAAAAGAUUGGACCCAGUAGCGGCUGGCUGGCCCCCUUGCCUCCGUAUGAUCGCUGCUACAGCUCUAAUGGUAAAGGAUGCUGAUAAGUUAACUAUGGGACAAGAGUUACAUGUUACAACCCCUCAUGCCAUUGAGGGAGUCCUCAAACAACCUCCUGACCGAUGGAUAAGUAACGCCCGACUGGUUCACUACCAGGGACUAUUAUUAAAUCCCCUCAGAAUCAUUUAUGCUCCCCCCCGAACACUAAACCCUGCCUCCCUGUUACCAGACCCGGACUUGGAUACCCCCCUCCAUGACUGCGCUGAGAUAUUGGCACAGGUUCAUGGAGUUCGGGAAGAUUUACAGGAUCGCCCGCUACCAGAUGCCAAAGUUACCUGGUUCACUGACGGCAGCAGCUUUGUACAUCAGGGUGAAAGGUAUGCGGGGGCAGCAGUCACAACUGAAACUGAGACUGUUUGGGCAGAGCCUUUGCCAGCUGGCACCUCUGCCCAACGGGCUGAACUUGUGGCCUUAACCAAGGCACUGACUUUGGGAAAAGACAAGAGACUAAACGUGUAUACCGAUAGCAGAUAUGCUUUUGCUACGGCCCACAUACAUGGAGCUAUAUACAGAGAGAGGGGACUGUUAACUGCAGAGGGGAAAACUAUCAAAAACAAAGAAGAAAUAUUGGCUCUUUUAAAGGCACUCUGGCUGCCUAAACGACUAGCCAUCAUACAUUGCCCAGGCCACCAAAAACCGGUCACACCGGUGGCCAGAGGAAAUAAUUUGGCUGACCAGGUGGCCCGAGAGGUGGCCUUACAGGUGGACUGUGCUUUAAUGACCACCCUACCAGACCCCAGUUCAGCUAGUUUACCAGAAAGUCCCACCUACACUAAAGAAGACCUAAACUGGAUCCAAAAAUUGCCUAUGACUCAGUGCCUUAAUGGAUGGUGGAGAGCAGCAGACUGUAGCAUAAUCCUCCCAGAAGAAAUGGGAAAUAAAGUCUUAUCCAAGAUGCACCGAGCCACUCAUAUGGGCACAAGAAAAAUGCAAGACUUAAUAAGACAUGCUAGGAUCACCAUUAAAGACUCUAGGACAAAAAUUGAACAGAUAGUUACUAGCUGUAAAGCUUGCCAACUAACUAAUGCCACCAACCACGGGAAAAACCCUGGCUCCAGAACCCGCGGAACCAGGCCGGGAGCCUAUUGGGAAGUAGACUUCACCGAGGUAAAGCCUGGAAAAUAUGGAUACAAAUAUUUGUUAGUGUUUAUAGAUACCUUUUCAGGAUGGACAGAGGCCUUCCCCACCAAGCAUGAGACUGUGCAGGUAGUAGCAAAGAAAAUGUUGGAAGACAUCAUGCCCAGGUACGGAUUCCCUACCCUAAUAGGAUCAGACAACGGACCAGCAUUCGUUUCAAAGGUAAUACAAGGGAUAGCGCAGUUUAUUGGGGCCGAUUGGAAACUACAUUGUGCAUAUAGACCCCAAAGCUCAGGACAGGUAGAAAGAAUGAAUAGAACCCUAAAAGAGACACUAACCAAAUUGACCAUGGAGACUGGCGCUAACUGGGUAGUCUUACUCCCCUACGCUCUGUUCAGGGUGCGGAACUCCCCUUACAAACUGGGAUUAACCCCCUUUGAAAUCAUGUAUGGAGUGCCCCCCCCCAUAAUUCCCAACCUACAGUCUAAUGUGUUAACUGAAUUUGAUGAUCAUAAACUUCUUAUUUCCCUGAGGGAACUCCAGCACACACACCAGGAAGUUUGGCCCAGAUUGAGAGCCAUUUAUGAGAGCGAGCCCCCUCCUGAGCCGCAUCACUACCGACCCGGAGAUUGGGUAUACGUGCGGAGACACAAGCAAGAGACCCUCCAACCACGGUGGAAGGGACCCUACAUUGUGAUCCUAACCACACCCACUGCUCUCAAAGUCGACGGGAUUGCCACCUGGAUCCAUUACGCCCACGCCCGACCAGCUGAUCCCUUUGUGGUUCGAGAAGACUUCGUGCCGGAAGCCAACACCGCCUGGACAGUUGACCAGAGUAAGACCCAUCCUUUAAAAUUGACUCUGCGUCGAAAACCUGACCCCGAAAACCGGCUGAGACCAAAGGCCUGGGUGUCCCAUACCAAGACUGUUGCAGCAGCUCCUGACCCACAAUGA